UCCUGGAUCAGGACAAGGAGCUGCAGGAACAGCAGCAGCGGGAGCAGCAUGGACAAGACCGGUUCGGGCCCAGACCUCGCCCUGCUGCUGCCCCCUCGGACCCUGGAGACCCUGGCGGAUGCCUGGCUCCACGAGGACUGCCCGGGCCUGGACUACGCCGCCCUGGCCGCGGGUGCCGCCCCGUCCCGGGCCGCCCUCUGGGCCAAGUCCCGCGGGGUGCUAGCCGGGCAGCCGUUCUUCUCGGCCGUCUUCGCCCGGCUCGGGUGCUCGGUCUCCUGGGGCCUCCCCGAGGGCUCCCCGCUGGAGCCUGUGGUCCGGGUGGCCGAGGUCCGGGGGCCUGCCCACCGGCUGCUCCUCGGGGAGCGGGCGGCCCUCAACGCCUUGGCCCGCUGCAGCGGGGUGGCCACCGCGGCCGCCGAGGCCGUGGCCGCCGCCCGGGGGUCCGGCUGGGCCGGGCGGGUGGCCGGCACCCGAAAGACCACGCCGGGCUUCCGCCUGGCCGAGAAGUACGGGCUACUGGUUGGCGGGGCCGCGGCCCACCGCUACGACCUUGGGGCCUUGGUCAUGCUGAAGGACAACCACGUGCUGGCCGCCGGAGGCGUGGACCAGGCCGUGUCUGGAGCCCAGCGGGCGGCGGGGUUCGAGCUGAAGCUGGAGGUGGAGUGCGGCAACCUGCGGGAGGCUCUGGCCGCCGCUGCCGCGGGGGCCGAUCUGGUCAUGCUGGACAACUUCACCCCAGAGGAGCUGCAUCCCACGGCGGCGGCCCUGAAGGCCCAGUUCCCGGCGGUCAAGGUGGAGGCGAGCGGGGGCGUCUCCUUGGCCAACCUCCCCCGGUUCUGCGGGCCUCACAUCGACGUCAUCUCGCUGGGGGCCCUGACCCAGGCCGCCCCGGCCCUCGACUUCUCCCUCAAGCUGCUCCCGGCCGACGGGAACCCCGAGACCUGCCUCGCGGGAAACUGAGCGGGAGAGAGGAAAUGGGAAUGGCGGGGACGGAAGGUUGGGCAGCGGCUCGGAGCCUGGGGGACCCACAGCUGCUACUCCCAAGGCCGGAGGAACUAGUUUUCUUCCCUCAUGUUUUACUGUGGACUUUUCUGAAUUGUGGAAUUUCCCCCUAUUCUUGCCCUUUGGAUUACAUUCCCAGAGUUCCACGUGCCCAUCCUUCCUUCUUAGGCUGUGUACCCUUUGGGGAGAUGAGGAUUUCAUCUUCACUGAUUUUUUUUUUUUCCGUCAUUGCCCUGGCCCUCGCUUCAGUGCUCUACACACAGCGAAUGCUCAA